GUGUAACUCCUCAAAUCAGCUGUUGUGUUCGUUAAGCAGGAACAGAGACAGACAGCACUGCGAAGAGACAUUUUGGACAUAGUUUGGACAUUGUUUUAUACAAACAUGUCUCGCAUCGGCAGUGGUGAAGACGGCGUGUCCCUGGUGAGGAAGAUGCUGAGGGAGGUUCUGGUGGGUCGGGAGGAUCCAGAGGGGUUCUUCGCUCUAUGUGUGUCCGUCCUGGGGCACCACGACACCCGGGCACAGUUCCUGACCGUCAUCCGGCCUCUGUCCACGGCGAACAUGUCUCUGCACUCCGCGCUGACCGCCAUCUACGAGGAGUAUUUCAGUAAUUUACAGAAUGAAGAUGAUGAGCUCCAACUUGCAAUGGCACUCUCUCUACUGGAUGCAGAAGAAACCACCACUGCCACCAAGCAGAGCACCACCCAGGAAGUCAUCCAGUCUCCUCCUGCUGAAGAUGCGUCUACUGUCCAAAACAAGACUGUACCAACCAUGGACAAUAGCUUCAGGCCAUCUUCACUGACUUCUAAACAGCAUAUCUAUGAACCUAAACGUUCUAAGAGGAGAAGGCAGAGGAGUAAGGGGUCAGGUCAGCAGGUAGUCGGGUUACCCACAGCUCCAUCGCCUCAGCCCCCAGUCCUGCUGUGGUUCAGGAGGGACUUGAGGCUGUGUGAUAACCCUGGCAUGAUCGGUGCAUUGGAGGUUGGAGCACCUGUUAUCCCUGUGUUCAUCUGGGCUCCUGAAGAGGAAGAAGGCCCUGGGACCACUGUGGCCAUGGGAGGGGCUUGUAAGUUCUGGCUUCAUCAAGCUCUGUCCUGUCUGCACACAUCCUUGCAGCGGAUCGGCAGCAGUCUUGUGUUCCUUAAGGCUGAUAGUGGCUCCUCACUGCAGACUCUCAGGGGGCUGCUACAGGAAACAGGAGCCCGCACUGUGGUGGCCAAUGCCCUGUAUGAGCCCUGGCUGAAACAAAGGGAUGAUCUGGUGCUGUCGGCUCUGCACAAAGACGGGAUAGACCUCAGGAUGUAUCACUCCUACUGCCUCCGUGACCCCUACUCUGUCAGCACAGUGGGAGUGGGGCUCAGAGGAAUCGGUUCUGUGUCCCACUUCAUAAGCUGCUGUAAACAGAAUCCGGGGCCUACUCUUGGGGCCCCUCUGGACCCCCCUGUGUCUCUGCCCACCCCCUCUCACUGGCCUUCAGGUGUACCUUUGGACAUGCUAGAACUGGCCAGGAUGCCCCGCCGGAAGGAUGGCACUAUAAUUGACUGGGCAGCUAACAUUCGUAAGUCUUGGGAUUUCAGUGAGGAGGGAGCACAUGCUCAGUUGGAAACUUUCCUUCAGAAUGGUGUGUACAGGUAUGAGAAGGAGUCGGGCAGAGCAGACUGCUGUAACACCAGUGGUCUGUCCCCAUACCUUCACUUCGGACAGCUGAGCCCACGCUGGCUCCUGUGGGACGCCAAAGGGGCGAAAUGCCGCCCCCCAAAGUUCCAGCGCAAACUGUCCUGGAGAGACCUGGCCUACUGGCAGCUCAGCCUGUUCCCCGACCUGCCCUGGGAGUCUGUUAGACCGCCUUAUAAGGCCCUGCACUGGAGCUCCAACCGGUCACACCUGAAGGCGUGGCAGCGAGGCCGGACUGGGUACCCUCUGGUCGACGCAGCCAUGAGACAGCUGUGGCUCUCGGGCUGGAUGAACAACUACAUGAGACAUGUGGUGGCCUCUUUCCUUAUUGCAUACCUGCACCUGCCCUGGCAGGAGGGCUACCGCUGGUUCCAGGACACUCUAGUGGAUGCAGACGUGGCCAUAGACGCAAUGAUGUGGCAGAAUGGAGGCAUGUGUGGACUGGACCACUGGAACUUUGUCAUGCACCCUGUGGAUGCAGCCAUGACCUGUGACCCUUGUGGCUCCUAUGUCAGACAGUGGUGUCCAGAGCUGGCCGACCUGCCCGACGAGCUCAUCCACAAACCCUGGAAGUGUCCCACCUCCAUGCUCAAACGGGCCGGUGUGGUGCUGGGACAGUCCUACCCCGAGCGUAUCAUCACAGACUUGGAGGAGCACAGGACCCAAUCUCUGAAAGAUGUGGCCCAGGUGCGUCUACAGUUUAAACAAUAUGUGGACCGGGCCACUGGCUGUGACCUGGUCCCCCUGCCCCCCCGCCUCGUCUCGGAGGCUCUGGGUAUCCAUGGAGAUGUAGAGGUGAGGGGCAAACAGUUCCUCCUACCUCUCAUAACACGCAUGGAGUUCAAACACCAGGUGGAAGAACCGGACUCUGACGCAGGCUCCAACCCGUACAAUGCUGUUCUAAAGGGGUAUGUGAGCAGGAAGAGAGACGAAACCAUAGCUUUUCUAAAUGAAAGAGAUUUCACAGCCAGUGUGAUGAACGAGGGAGUGCAGAGAAGGGAGAGAAUGGAUGUGAACUAUAGGAAGAUGGAAGGUCUGCCCCAGGUUCGCCAGCCCAGAGGAAGAGCCAGACGUACUCCAACAGCCAAAGACAAGUUCUCUAUAGUGCCUGGAGGUGUGGUCAGUACACUCAGAUAGCACUCAACGUGCUUUGAUUUUUAUACGGUUUGCUUAUUUAUUGUUAUUGAAAAUAUGCAAGGAGGAACUGGUGUUGGGGUUGUGUACUGGGUGGGGUGAGUUCUUUAUGAUGGAGUAUUCUGCUGCUCUACAGAGAAUGUCAUUGUAAUGAAAUCAUACCAUCUUAUAGUCCUGUUUUAUGCAUUUUUGUUUUACUUUAUUUUUAUUAAGUGUAUGGACUGUUACACUGCUGCAUAUGAAUUUCUGUCAGAGAAGACUCUUUUGUUACUUUUCUAGUGGUUUUGAAGUUAAGCAUACCUCCUUGAGAAUUCCUGAUCUCAUUUGGUCACAGUAGCUAAGCAGGGUUGGGCCUGGUUAGUAUUUGGAUGGGAGACCACUGGACCAAUGAGAAUACCAAGUACUACAGUGGGGCUCUAACACAAACUGUCAAUGUGUCCUCAGGCAAGACACUUUACCCAGGGAUGGGAGGAACCUAAUGGCACACAUUGGCAGCGACACUUCUGUCAGUCUACCCUAUGAUAGCUGUGGAUGCAGUAGUAGUUCAAGGAGUGAAUGAAUACUGCAUUAAAUUAUAAAGUGGCUUUGAACGUUUGCAAAAAGUGCUGUCAGAAUACGAGACUAAUGCAUUGUUAUAUGCAAAAUUAGAAUAUUGAGUUUAUUAUCCACACCUGGUAAAAAAAAGGAAAUUUGCUGUGUAAUCUGUUGAAUUUCUGUGUUUGGUGGUUUUGGUUUGUGUGGGCAGAUAUAAAUUUCUCUAUUUUUAUACCUAUUUAAAAACACAAUGGUUUAAAUAAAAAAGCAAGAACACACU